GGUGCUGUCGCACUGGAUAUUCCUCCGCAGUGGGUGGAGCACACCCAAGACAUCGAUGACAUCGUCACACAGAUCAACCAUCGUAUGGCACAUCUGGCACGACUCCACUCCAAGCACUUGUCGCAAGUGGCGAUUUCGGCGGGCCCUGAGGGCGAUGCAGACGCGCACGAGAUUGAGGCUGUGACCUCUGAGAUCACGCGUCUGUUCUCGUCGGCAAAGACCAAGGUGAAGCACCUCGGCGACCCGGACCCGCUCUCCAAGGAGACCGGGCAGGAGGUGAAAAUCAAGCGCAACCUGACAUCGGCGUAUGCGCUGCAGCUGCAGGACCUCAUGGGCAAGUUCCGCAAGUCGCAGGAGAAGUAUCUGGCGCGGAUGAAGUCCCGCGAGGAGCGGACCAAGGGUGGACUGGACGAUUUUGGCCUCUCGCGGCGGCCAGCGGGCGCCGGCGGUGCCGGGGCGUCGUCAGCAGCCGGCGCAGGUGUCGGCGGCGCUGGCGGCGACGACGACGACAUGUUCCCUGACUACUCGGGCUACGUCGACUCGGGCUUUUCUUUUGAGCAGGAGCAGGUUGUGGCAGACUCGGACGCGCUGAUCCAAGAGCGGUCUGCGGAGAUCCAGAACAUCUAUCGGUCGAUUGUCGACCUGGCCGAGAUGUUCAAGGACAUGUCGCUGCUGGUCAUCGAGCAAGGCACGCUGCUGGACCAGAUCGACUACAAUGUGGAGCAGGUGGUGCAGCACACCGAGUCGGCAGUCAAGCAGCUCGCCAAGGGUAACGAGUACCACAAAAAGUACCGCUCCAAGCUCAUCAUCCUCUUGCUCAUCGUCAUGAUCGUUGCCAUGGUCAUUGUUCUCAUUGCUCGCAAGAAGUCGUGAGAGAUGGCGCUGUCAGCGGUCACCAAUGAACGCGACCCCCCCCCCC